AUCUUUUCCUCACUGCCCCCACCUUUUCCCCUUAUAUAUAUAUAUAGACAGCUACCUCGAGCUGACUCUAAGGAAACCCAAAGAAAGCGAUCUUUCGAUUCCAGAUUGAGAGAAGAAGGAGAGAGAAGAGAAGGAUUUUUUUUUGGCCAAUCAUCCAUCCAAUUCAAUUGGUCGAGCGACAGGAUGAGGAUGAGCUGCAACGGAUGCCGGGUGCUCCGCAAGGGGUGCAGCGAGAACUGCAGUAUCCGGCCGUGUCUUCAGUGGAUUAAGAACCCCGAGUCUCAGGCUAACGCCACCGUCUUCCUCGCUAAGUUCUACGGCCGUGCCGGGCUUAUGAACCUCAUUAACGCCGGCCCCGAGCACCUCCGUCCUGGAAUAUUUCGAUCACUGCUCUACGAAGCUUGCGGACGGAUUGUGAACCCGAUCUACGGCUCGGUCGGCCUGCUGGGGUCCGGCAGCUGGCAGCUCUGCCACGCGGCGGUGGAAGCGGUGCUCAAGGGCGCCCCCAUCAUGCAAAUCCCCUCCGAGACCGCCGCCUCCACCCCUGUUCCUCCCCUUAAAGCCUACGACAUCGACCAUGUCUCCAAGGAUCCCGACGCUGCCGCCCCCGUUCCUCCCCUCAAAGCCUACGACAUCCGCCAUAUCUCCAAGGAUACCGCCGCCGCCGCCGCCGUCUCCCGUGCCGCCGCGGAGCUCCACAGGAUCUCAAAGUCCCGGACCCGGUUCAAGCGCCCUGCUGCUGCGAAACGGAGGCCCGGAACCGUAUCGGUCGAGGUGGCCGAACCGGACUCGGGCCGGGAGUGUAACCUGAGCUGGCCCCGGUGCUACCCGGUCGACUUCCAGCGCGCACGGAGCCACGAGUCAGCCGCGAGCCAGGCGAUCGAGCCCACCACCGCGGCGGCCGUCGGCGGAGGGGAAGGGGAUAGCCGGGAGAGCGAGAGCGCGUUCUCCGGGGAGUCGGUUGGCGCGUCGCACGUGAGCCAGGGCGAGCCGAACCUCGGCGAGGAGAGCGAGGUGGGGCUGGAACUGACCCUGGGGUUCGAACCGGUUGCAAGGGCCGGCCGGACCGUCCGGCCCGCGGCGGAGUCGCGGUGCGUCGUGAGCAGCUGGGGAGCCGACACUUAUCGGAUGGAUCUCGGGCUCGAGCUGCCGGCAUGAUGAAAGAUUACGCAAUCUAGACUAUAUCACAUAUAUAGUGAAGAAGAGGAGAUGGACGGUUUCAGCCUUGUUUGUAGGAAUUUGUCCGUUUUUCACUCUCCGAAUUAGGAGAGAAAGGAGGCUAAAGGGCUCGUUUCCUCUUUUGUUCUUUUUAUCUUAAUUCUGUAUGUAUGUUCAUACUUAUAGCAUUUCCGUACAUGUGCAGUUUGUAUGACAUAAAAUAUAUGGAGAAUAUCAGUAUUUUUUCUUUCAUAUAAAUGGA